AUGUUGGCAUAUAUCAAAUCUCGCCUGAAUUUCUUCCGCAUCCAUCUACUUUCUUUUCUCAUAAUCCCUCUUCUCUUUGCUGUUAUCUUCUGGGCUUCUAACGGAGAGUAUAAAAUAAAGUUUAUAGAUGCUCUAUUUGUCUGUUACAGUGGGGUCACUGGUACUGGGCUUACGACCAUCGACCUUAGCUCUUUGACAAUAUGGCAACAGACAAUCUUGGUCAUUUUGGAGUUAAUCGGAAAUCAGGCCUUUGUUGCAUGGGUGGUCGUCUUCGUCCGAAGAUUAUACUUCCUGAACAGCCUGGAGCAUAUCGUAAAUGCUGAACUAGAUCGAAAGCCAACGUGGCAAUCCACUGGGGAACAUCCUCCGUCUUUGCGCCUUGGGGCCGUUGAGGAGCAGCAUCGGCCGGAUAGUGAAAAUGCUCGUGAAGGUGAUACGCAAUGGAAGAACAAGUCCGGUACUCCACUGAAGAAAUUUCAUCCUGGCAUGGUCCGCAGAGUGGACAUCGCGCCGCACUUGAUCACUCCGACGGGCGUGCGGUCUAUGCAGUCAAAACCAGCCGCCGAGGACGAUACACAUGCGACCCGGCAUGUCGUGCAGGCCUCAGGGGUUGACCAGCUAUCCCGGGUAACCAGCAGAAGGUCCACCAUAAUUCGCGUCCCUCCUCCUGACAAUGCGUCAAAGGGUGAUUUUGGCGGGUUUCCGGGCGUCUACGACCUCAUCUCACGGCUGUUCCGUCGGAUGUUCCCUCGGUUGCACAGCAAAUUACGCCGGACGAUGACCCUGCCGAGAACAGAGACUCUGGUGCCCCACAGAGGUGACAAUUUCGUUGAUUCUGCCGGUCCUCAGGUGGCGAAACGCGUUCCCUAUAUAUCAUUUCGAGCGAUAGUUGGCAGAAACUCUGCUUUUCGAGGGCUGUCUCGCGAGAAUAUUGAGGAGCUAGGUGGCGUGGAGUAUCGCGCUCUUACUUCGUUGUUGUGGAUCGUACCAUUAUAUUACUUCGGAUUGUUGGCCAUAUCCUUCGUUGUGGUAGCACCCACCAUGGUGCAAUCGCGCUGGCGGAGCAAUUUCGAACCACCACAGCAGCAUAAAAAAAUUAACCCUGUCUGGUUCUCUGCGUUCCAAGUCGUUGGAGCAUGGGCUAACACAGGAAUGUCUCUCGUCGACCAGAACAUGGUGCCUUUUCGCACCGCAUACCCCAUGAUUGUAUUCUUAGUGUUUUGUGUACUUGCCGGCAAUACCCUUUUCCCUGUCUUAUUUCGCUUGGCUAUUUGGAUUCUGGCCAAACUUUAUCCCAAUAACUCUCGCACCAAAGAAUCAAUGCAAUUCCUUCUGGAUCAUCCUCGUCGUUGUUUCAUCUACCUCUUCCCCUCCCACCAGACCUGGCUUCUGUUUGGCAUCACUAUGCUUCUCAACGUCAUUGACUUUAUGUUUGAUCCAAUACUCAACAUCGAUAACCCAUUCACGGACGUUAUCCCAGUCGGAACGCGGAUUUUCGACGCCAUUCUUCAGGCUGUCGCAGUCAGGAGCUCUGGAUAUCAAUCUGUCGCCCUGUCUUCGCUAGUGCCAGCCGUCCAGGUGCUGUAUGUUAUCAUGAUGUACAUAGCUAUCUAUCCUAUCGCAAUGAGUGUCCGGUCGACUAACGUGUACGAAGAGAAUUCUCUUGGGAUCUACGAGGAAGAUGACGAUGAAAGCGACUACGAGGCUCUACUGACGUCUACCGCUGAGUCCCGUGUCUCGAUCUGGGGUAAGUACCUGUUACGUCAUGCGCGGAGACAGCUUGCAUUCGAUAUGUGGUGGCUUGCACUAUCUGUGUUCCUGAUCUGUAUCAUUGAGAGACCAGGUCUCACGAACACCGCAAACGCUACAUGGUUCAACGUCUUCGCAUGUAUUUUUGAGGUUGUGUCCGCUUACGGGACUGUUGGGCUUUCGCUCGGUAUCCCAACGGCGAAUUACUCGCUUUCCGGUGCUUUCCAUACAUUGUCCAAGCUCGUCAUGUGUGCCGUGAUGAUCCGCGGGCGCCACCGUGGUCUUCCUGUCGCACUCGACCGCGCUGUGCUCCUCCCACAUGAAUUUCGGCCACGCACGCAGCCAGGAGUGGGCGAAAAAAAUGAAGAGACUCCGCGGGUAGUGGAGGAACCAGAGAGCUCGUCGCAUUCAUCGCAGGAAGGACAAGACCCACCAGAAAGUGUGGGGAUGCGAGAACGUACUAGGACGCUGAGUUUCGCGGGUGACCAGGGGAUACAGGUGACACGGACGGGAGACAUGCGUCCUUACAUUGUGAAGGAAGAGCCGGAGUAUAGUGGGUCGGCCGUGUAA